UGUGGGUAAAAUGCUCCUAAUAAGCAUUACUUUCAAACUUUUAAUUCCACUGAUACUUGGAAGUCAAGUUGAUAUAUCGAAAUAUAAAGCAGUUCUUCUUCACAGACAUAAUUUUAUCAGACAGUUAGCAAAUAAAUGUGAACGCACGUAUAUUCCACCACCAGAGAAGGAAUUGACAGAUUUAAUAUGGGAUGAUGGGUUGGCUAUCACUGCUCAAAUGUAUGCUAAAACGUGCAGAAAUAUUAUUGGUACCCCACUUGAAAGAACUACUUGCAAGUGGAAGUCAGUUGGUCAAAAUGUUGCUGAGGUUGAUGAAAUUAGAAAUGCCCCCGUGAUAUGGAGAGAUGGUUCUCGAUAUUAUGACUAUAAAGAGGAUCAAUGCACAAAAGAAAAUGAUGAGUAUUAUUGUGAUAGCUUCAAACAGAUGAUUUUCGCCAAUACAACGCAUAUAGGCUGUGGUGCACAUUUAUGUAAUGAAGACGUCGAUUCAAAAAAGUACAUAGUCGUUUGCAACUAUGCACUAGCCGCUGAUGGAAGACCGUAUGCUGAUGGAACAAUAACUCGGUGCAAAAUGUCACCUUCAUGA